AUGGCUGCCGUUGAUUUGAGCUCCAGCAACACACCAUCUUUCCAGCUAUUGGGCAUCCAUUGUGCUGAGUUCUUACAUAUUCGAACUAAAAUGCUAUCUGGUGCCAAUCUUGCUUCAAUUCCGUUGAAAAGAAGUUUCAAAAGACCAUCGCAAAGCUGUGUUUCCAUCAGGUUCUCCUCCAGUGUCUACAACGCUCGUGAGAAUGUAAACCAGUUGCUUGAAGUCUCAGACCGGUCAUCCUACAUACUAGCUCAGUACAUACCUGAGCCCGCCAGAGAUGCGUUCCUUGCUAUCCGCGCAUUUAACUUGGAAAUAAACAAGAUUAACGACGGAGGGUCCAAUCGCCAAUCGACGGCAUCGAAGGCUUCGUCGCAACUUUCGCUGACUUUGGGGAUCUCCACCAUCGAUGUGAAGUUUAAGUUUUGGUCAGACUUACUUAGUAAAAUUUUUCAAGAUCCUUACUCUGAGACAACCAUUGGUGAGCCAAUUGCUAUAUUGUUGAGAGAAGCUCUUAGGAACGAUUUAAAUUUGGAUAUAGUAUAUUUCCAUCAGUUCUUGCAAACCAGAAGACAUUUCUUGAAGACGAAAACUUUCCAAACUGCGCAGGAUAUCUGCUCUUUUGGUGAGGGUACCUACUCUCAAUUGAACUAUCUUACUCAGGGACUCUUAUUAUCCCCAUCUAUAUCACCUUCUACCAUCAGUUUAUUGGAGUAUUCUCCCACGUUGCAACUGAAGGUGACAGACAUUGCCGCCCAUAUUGGCCAGGCAACAGCUAUUAGUUCGAUGAUCUUGGGGGUUGAGUACUACUCCAAGAGUCGUAACCAGGUGACUCUCCCAGUGGAUUUGAUGACCAAAUACGAAUUGUCCCAGGAAGAUGUUUUCAGAAUCACUCAGGGUCACAGUUCCAGUGAUCUGGAAGACGUUCGUGAAAAGUUGAAGUCUGUAGUGUAUGAUACAGCUAUCGUUGCCAAUGACCAUAUAUUGACUGCCAGAUCCAAAUUGGGCCAGGUCAGGGAUGAAAUAAAAGAGGUGGUCAAAGAAAAUGCAUCGAAGAAUAGUAAAUUGAGGGAAUUCAGUAAGAAAUGGAAGGCUGGUAUUCCAGAUGUUAUUUUCACGCCGUUUUUGGUCAGUAUUCCCACUAGUUUGUAUUUGGAGAAGUUGGAGAAGUGCGAUUUUGACAUUUUGAACAAGAAGAUGCAACAAAAGGAGUGGAAAUUGGCUUACAGGUCAUACAUGGGGUACCAUAAGAGGAGAAUAUAA